AUGCAUGUUACAUAAGAAUUUCAUAAAUAAAUCAUUGUAAAUUUUUUGAAACAUGUAUGUAAUUCAGAUCGCUCUCUCAGGAUCAUUUCUAAUACCUAUUUGUUGGAUGAAUGUUUGCUUAAACCUAUCAAAUAGCUGGAUGAAAUUUUAGAUACAAAAUGCUAAAUAUCUCAGUGA